AUGGAAGACGACGACGACGACUACGGCUCCGACGAGUUCGACUCCCUGCCACCGGGGAAGUUGUAUGAACUGGAACAGAAUGCGUUUAAAGCAACGCAGGCGUCAGCCUCACAGUACCGCCCAAACCCCAUAAACAACAACCCCGUGCUACGCACUCAAGCAGUACCAUUAAACAACAAUGCUGGACCGUUUAGACCGCCGCCUCGCCUCCACACCGGGUUAACAAACGACUACAAUACACUGGAGAUGGGGGAAUUGGAGGCCGAGGUGUACGAUAAUGUCAAUAAUUCGCAUGUCAUUCCGCAUGCUCAACAUGUACUCGCUACAGAUCCUGGAUUUGCGGUCAACGAGCAGCUGGGCGAUGCCAUGGAUGUGGACGAGUACUAUGCGCAAGGGAACGCCCCCGCGGAGAUCAAUGCACGCCUGGCGCAGAUGGAGCAAGAAAGAGAACAAAUGUUACAGGAGCUAGCCGAUGCGAGGAUGCAAGUGGAAACGAAAUCCGGUGAAAUCUCGAUCAUUCGAAGGAAGCAGGCAGCGAUGACACAAGACUACGACCGGCAAAUAGCGGCUCUACGGAAAUCCAUGGCCGACGAAAUGGCGAAACACAAGCAAGAGGUUGAGGCAGCCAUGUCCGAAGGCAAGGUAUUGGCGACAGAGAAUGUAUUUCUUCAGCAAGACCUUGUGGAUGAAGCCUACCAGCUUCGGAACUACAAAUCCAAGCAUCGCGAGAUGGAAGCCCCAGUGACUCCUCGAAAGUCCCGGGUGCUUCCUCUCCGCGAUGGAUUUGACGAUGAUGAAAUCGCCGUGGUAUCGCCCAGCAAGUCAGCAGCACGUUCCAAGCGAGCCACGCCGACAGUUCCAGGAAAACGUAAACGGCAAUCAAGCCAGGAUAGCCCUGUGCCACUACAGCUGAAUACUGCUGGUGGGGAGCUUGUCAUGACUGAUGCGACUGAUAUUUCGGCCGAUGUCGAUGAAGUGAAGCGCAAGUCUGCAGAGGCAGGUCGCAAUCAGCGAUUUAUGAUGCGACUUUUGAGUCACCGUAUGCAUCCUAACCAAGAAACGGAUCUCGAAGCCAUGUCAAAGCUUGCGUUUCCCUCGGAACCGGAUCAACCCAUGUCCAGCUUCAUUAUGGAGAUCAUGGGCCAUGCUGACCCGAGCAGUUACGUAUUAGAAUAUACGCAAGCGAUCGCCUCACUGUGGCAGCGCGCCAUCAACGAGAAGUUCUACGAGCCGAUUCCCCGUUUCGAAGCUAUCAUAAAAUAUAGUCUGAUGUCGGAUGACGUGCCACUCUCCGAACUGAUUACACCUUUAGUUGGAGUCUUGCAGGACACCGUGGAAGUCAAUGCAGUUCCUCGCUUCAAGUACGCCCCGGCAUCACGAGAUAAACGAAUUGCUCGACAGACACCACAAUCAGAUCUGCAGCCCCUAGUCGACUCGACUGGGGCCAUGCGUCUACUUUACCAAAUCGCGUGUGGAGUACUGCACAUCAAAAGUGCAAUGGAGCUAUUUUGGCAAAAUAUCCGGAUCUCGUUCAUUCUCGUGAUGCUGCACCCGUCACAUCCACUGGGUGACAUUUUGCUUUUGAUGAACAUCCUGUCAACAAGUAUUCGUGCAGAUUCUUUUGGUCCGAUCAGGAACUCUGACCAGGACCAAUUGGAUGUACAAAAGUGGAUAGUGGACCGCCUCACGCAUAUGCUGAGCGAGCCCGCCAUACCGGACGAAGGUGUCGAGCCAUACACUGCAUGCGACAUUUGUGCAAUGCGCCUCGAGGUCCUACUGCUGCUGGAGUCACUGGCAUUCAACCCUAUGGGCCAAUCCCAAAGGCAUGCCAGUACGAUCCUGGCCUUGCACCCGAAUGCACUCGCUCGUUUAUUCCGGUCGAUGCAUGAUGAGCUGGAUGCACUUUACUCAUCUCCGCCAGAGUCAGACCUACGUGUCGCGCUAGUCAAUGGCCUUAUGCGGCUGAUUUUCGGUGUCAUGCGGCUACACGGCCCCUUGAUCAAUAUGCAGGAGAAACUGGCAUGCGUACCUGGCAGCAAACAGAAACACCUUGUUGUGUUAACCCGCUUGGCCUUUUGUGAUGGUACCGUGCUGGAGGCAGGCAUCGAUGAUGAAACCGUUGAUAUGGCACAUGAGCUACUGGAGGAAUGGACUAAUCCGCAAGAAGCGGACUCAUUAGCGGAGGCUUUCCCAAGUACUAGGAGAGAGUGA